CCCCCACCAGCAUCAACUGUUGAGAAGACCACUCCCCCAGCAGCAGCAUCUAAUGAAAAGACCACACCUCCAGCAGCAUCAUCACAUGUAAAGACAACCCCUCCAGCAGCAGCAUCAAAUGAAAAGAAGACCACACCUCUAUCAGCAUCAACUGUUGAGAUAACCACACCUCCACCAGCAUCAUCAGAAGAAAAGACCACACCUCCACCAGCAUCAACUGUUGAGAAGACCACGCCUCCAGCAGCAUCAUCUAAUGAACAGACCACACCUCUACUAGCAUCAACUGUUGAGAAGACCACACGCACAGCAUCAUCAUCAGAAAAGAAAACCACACCCACAGCAGCAUCAACAGCAGCAUCAGCUGAAAAGAAGACCACACCUCCAGCAGUCUUGUCAAAUGAAAAAACCACACCUCCUCAGAAAUCCUCGUCUCCCGUCAAUGUAAUGAAAGCUCAAUCUUCAGGUCCGGCCACCAGAAAGAAGGAGUUUCUACUGAAGCCGAUGUUCCUCCCUCAGAUCCCGUCAUCACCCGGCCGUGACUCUCUCAACAGAGACUCUGUGUCCAGCUGGCUGGAUGUAGAACGUCCUGUCAGGAAAAAACAGCUCACUCCAGACCCCAAACCCAAGCUGAGCUCCUCCGCCAGUGAAUCCAGUCUGCUGGAAGCGUCCAGAGAUUUCGAUCCCAAUGACUUUAUCUCGAAUGUGAAGAGACGAGCGAUGCCCUUCACUCUCCCUCAGCGCAGACACAAAAAGCAUCGCCUGCACACCCCUCCAUUCGCCAUGCCUCCCAUCAGAGAGGACCGCAACGAAAAACCCUUUGACCCCGAAGAGUUCCAGCAUGGCCUGAGGAGACGGAGAGAGUUCACGCUGGAUCUGAUCCCUAGCAAAACCUCUGAGGAGGACAAAUCCAAGAGAGGGAACCCGGAGAGAGAGAGCAUCCUCACUAGAUCCGUCCUCUUCAAGAGAGCAAAGACGGAGGAGAUGGAAGAAGAAAAAGAGAACGAGUCAGACGAGAGUAAAACUGAAGGGGGCAAAGUGAGGUCUCGUCUGGAGAGGUGCUCUAUUCUCAGCAGUCUACACCAACCCACGAAAACAAGAUGGAAGGAUUUUUUGAGCCCGACUGAAAGUCCCACAGACGUGUUGUUAUCACCCAGUGAUGCUCCUGAAUCUCCAUCAUCAACUAUAGAGUCACCCAAACCGGACACAAGCUGUACCCAAGCCGAUCAUGGGAUUCAUUUAAAACCCGCUGACCCGACACCAAACCUCAAACUGCCUUCAGCUGACCUGAACAUCACCAUAGCAACUCAACCUCCGCCUCCUAUCAGCCUGCAGACUGGUUUCCAGCUUAAUCUACAAUCAGAUAACAAUGGACCUGCCGUGACACCUGACCCCAGAAUGACCUCAGCGGAUGCUGCCGUCACCAUGGCAACCAAACCUCCGCCUCCCAGCAGCGUGCAGACUGGUUUCCAACUUAAUCUACAAUCAGAUAAUAAUGGACCUGCCGUUACACCUGACCCCAGAAUGACCUCAGCGGAUGCUGCCGUCACCAUAGCAACCAAACCUUCACCUCCCAGCGGCGUGCAGACUGGUUUCCAGGUAAAUCUACAACCUGCCGUGACACCUGACCCCAAAACAACAUCAUCGGACCCCAUGGCAGCAGCGGACGCCUCUCCACCGCUUCCUUCCUUUGAUGACAUCAGGUUGCCUGGUUACCUGGAGAAGAUUCUGCCAAAGGGGCCUGAAGAAUUGGUAUCUAGAGAAAGUGCAUCUGGUCCGGUGGGUUUGAACAAGGCUGUCGACGUUCAAACAAGUGACAACAGUGUUCCUGUGACUCCUCCAGCAGACAUUCCAACUGCUCGUGGAUUCCAUCGACGACCUGGAAAGAUAGUGAUAUAUCAGCAGCAUCAGUUCAGCGGUCAGAGCUUUGACUUCUACAGAGAUGAAGAUGAUGUUACACACCUACAGCUCUCCAGUGUCAUAUCAGUGAAAGUGCUCAAAGGCUGUUGGAUACUGUUUGAGAAAGCAGGAUUUGAGGGGCGGUGCAUCGCUUUGGAGGAGGAGGAAAUUGGGGAAUUACCCAAUGAAUGGGCAGAAGAGGCGGGACAAACGUCUGUUCCUUUUGUCAUUGGCUCACUUCGUCUGGCUGUCAGAGACUACACUCCGCCCCGGAUCGAGUUGUUCUCUGAGGCUGCCGGUCGGGGCAGAAGCUCAGAGUUUGUGGAUGACACAGAUGAAGUGGGAGCAUUCGGUCUGCCGCAGAACACCGGCUCCAUCAAAGUCCACAGUGGACUAUGGGUGGUGUACAGUGAUGCAGGGUUUCAGGGUUUGUUGGCGGUGUUGGAGAGAGGAGAGUAUCCGUGUCCAGAGUCCUGGGGUUUCCCGGUGCCGGCGGUGGGUUCUCUGAGAGCUCUGCGUAUGGGCAGCGUGAAGGUCCAAUACCCAAACGCUGUGAAGGCUGUGUUGUAUGAGAAAGCGGGUCUGCAGGGUGGUUGUGUGGAGGUUCAGGGAGACGUGUUUUCAUUCAGAGGGACAGACGGAGAGCCGGACGGUCACGGAUUGAGUUCUGUGGCGUCUCUGAAGAUCCUCAGAGGCCUAUGGGUGGGAUAUGACGAGGACGGGUUUGAGGGGCAGCAGUUUGUCCUGGAGGAGGGAGAAUAUUUGGACUGGAGGGACUGGGGCGGUACGGGUCAGAAUCUUCUCUCUCUGCGGCCCGUUCUUACGGAUUUCUCGUCUCCUCACAUGAAGAUGUUCAGUGAUUUGGAUUUCUUUGAGCGAGGUGUGAAUGUUGAUGUGAUGGAGCUGCUGGAGAACACAGCAAACACAGAAUAUGGCCCACAGACACGAUCCAUCGAUGUUCUGUCUGGAGCAUGGGUUGUGUUUGAUGAGCCGGGGUUCUGUGGUCAACACUAUGUUCUGGAGAAAGGUCUGUACAGCAGCCCGGAGGACUGGGGCUCAUCCAACAGCAGAAUUCUCUCUGUCAUACCCAUCAUACUGGAAAAUCAGAAUUCUUCUCACUUUAAGAUUCAGUUGUUUUCAGAGCCUGAGUUCAAUGGUACGUCUGUAUUGGUGGAGGACACAUUACCCACAAUGCCUCAGGGCUUCAUCAUGUCCUCCUGUAGAGUUCACGCUGGAAGCUGGCUGGCUUUCGGGUGUGAGAGUUUUUCCGGGUCACAGUGUGUUCUGGAGGAUGGUGAUUAUCCGGAUCUGAGGAUGAUGGGAUUCACACAACCUAAAACAUCAGUUCUGUCUCUCCAACCUGUUGGACAUGAAUUUUCUCUGCCGUCUAUAGUUCUGUUUGAGCGUUCUGGAUUCAGAGGUAGAAGACUUGUGCUGAAGUCCAGCUCAGUAAAUCUUCAGCUCACAGAGAGCUGCACCAGAGUCUCAUCUAUACUGGUGGAGGGUGGCAUCUGGGUUCUGUACGAGUCAAAUAACUUCAGAGGUUCUCAGUUCCUGCUGAAGCCGGGCGAGGUCCCUGAUUGGCCCAAAGUUUCCACCUGGUCAAGAAUUGGAUCACUCCGCCCGCUCAUUCAGAAACAAGCACACUUUCGUUUACGGAACAAGGAGGCGGGGUUAAUGAUGUCUGUGGUCGGGUCACUGGGAGAAUUGAUGCGUAUCCAGGCAACCGAGGAGAUGGGCGGUGUGGAGCAGGUCUGGAUGUAUCAGGAGGGACACUUGCAGUCCAAGUUGUUGGCCGGUUGUUUUGUGGAUGUGAGUUCUGGUAUCCUGAUGGCCGGCAGCAGAGCGGUUCCGUCUUCAGAUCCAGAUAAACCACAUCAGCUGUGGAACAUCAGGUCUGACGGACUCAUCCGGAACAAUGCAGCACCAAACCUUGUCCUGGAGGUCAAAGGAGGUCAACAGUUUGACAGAAACCAGAUUAUUAUCAACGAAUUCCAUCCAAACAAACUGAAUCAAAGAUGGUCCCUGGAGCUUCUCUGAGCUCUGGUGCGGAGAUGCGCCUGAGGGACUAUGAACUGUGUUUAUUAUGGAACUCUCAUUCUCCAGAGAUGUACAAACACGACAGCAUUAAGAUGAUAUUCUACCGGACAUCUGUGCGUUUAUACAGUCCAAGCUGCCUCAAACCUAAUUUUACAGAAGCAAAUACUUGAACAGUCUUUCUUUAUGAACUUUUUUGUUUUGUAUCCUAUAUAAUUAAUAAACACUCCUGUGUGGUA